AUGGCCGAAACGCAGACCCCGGCGCACCCCGUCGCCAUGGAUCCUCCUCACAUCACAGAGUUCGCCUCGAAGCGCUACUUUGAGAAGCUUAAUCAGCUUAACGCCAAUCAGACGCAGACAGAGACGGCAGAAUCAUCAGCAGCAGCCAUCGCAAAUGUGUCGACCACAACAGCACAAACUUCGCCGACCUUUAUUCUGCCUCUACGCGAAUCCAAGACCGCUGAUGCUCAGCCCAAGCCUGUGGAGCAGAAGAAGGAUAAGAGUCGCUUCUUCAGCAUUAGACAGCGAGUCUCUCUACGACACUCCAAGACUGCUAUCCCUGCCACCGCGCCUGCGCUCGAAUCCGAGACUGUCGCUGUCCCCAAAGCCGCUUUUGUCGACCCUACCUCCAGCGCCAUCCCCUUCGAUCAGCUCUUCCUCGCCCUGCCGAACGAGCUGCAGGUCCAAGUCAUCUCGUCCCUCCCACUCUCAGAUGUUCUUAACCUCCGCCUUACCUCCAAACCGUGGCACACACUUAUCACCCUCAACGAAGGCCCCAUCGUCCGAUACCACAUCGAAAACCACAUCCCCGCCUACGCUCUCCGCCUCUAUCCCAUCAAUGACUCUGCCGAUUACAACUUUCACACUCUAUGCAGCAUAUGGCAUCGUUUACAUGUCGCCGCCAAACUCGCAUAUCUUAUGUGCGAAUGGAUCACCAAGGACAUAUUCCUCCAGCAAACCGAGGCACAACGCAAAGCCUUUGCACCGCAACACGAAAUUAUGCGACGCCGACUUAUCCCUCUACUCUUCACCAUAUUUCACUUCUUCGAGACAUACCGCAAACUCCACCUCGAACAUAUUGCCGCCAACAACGGGCAUGGGCUGCGACAUGAACCGUACACCUUAAACCCCAUCGAAAAGAAGAUUAUGGACAUGUACGAUGACCAAACUCUCCUCCGAGUACACGAAGUGUUUCCUCUAGUAAUAUCGUCCUUCUGCCGUCGUCUGCGGCCCCCAACAUAUGUCGGUCGUGUCGAGAGAUCGCUUCGAGGUUACCUGCGCGAGAGACCUGCUGACGAAGUGCACGUUGCUAUCCUGUGUCUCGGUGGCUUGCGGCAGGUCGAGAGAUUGUGGGAAAUCAAGGGAUACAACAGCCGAAGAGCAGCAGUCGAUGUGUGGUACAGCGGUCUCACAAAGGAGCCGAUCGCCGAAGCGCAACCCAAAGCGCGUCUCUCGGGGUUGCGAGGGUUCGGACGGAAAAAGUCGACCAGCGGUGACCGCCCUGUGCAUCGCUCAUCAUUUAGCGAAUCUCUCCAUGGAGUGCCCUGUCCAUCCGAAUCGAUUGAUCCCGCAAGCCCUGGCUACUUUGACCCCAACUGGGUCUUCCACACCAGCUUGGCCGCCGACGUUCCUAUGGCAGCCCUGGAAACCGAGCAGGCCGACAAAAUUCUCAACGACCUGCCAGUGCUGCAGCAAAUCUGGCUCACGACUGCCGAAGCUCUCAUUCUUGAACGCAAGAUUGUCUCCCGCGCGCAAGACAUUAAACGCAACCAGCAAGUCAUGCUGGAUCUGAUUCGCCAAGAUGGAAUGCAAGAGGAAGACGAGUGGUGGUAUGGACGACACAAUCCAGAGUCUGUCCGACCACCGCCCGGUGCUGGUGCCGCAGAAGACGACGCGGACUAG